GGAGCUGGUCUGAGGGUCGAGAAGAUCUCCAGUCUCCCGAAAAAUUUAGGGAGUCGCUUAGUCAUCCAUUGACCAAUCAUGAACGCCGAAUUGCGGAGGCUGUCCCCAUCCAAAUACGGAGUAUCAUGGAACGUCAACUUGGGUGGGAAGCUAUCGGUACCUGUCCGGAGUAAGCGUCGCCAAGAGUCCUACUACCUUAUAUUUGUGGUUGUCCAGCAGAACAACUAUACUUGUGCUGCUUACUGGUUCUGGGUAUAUUAUACUCUCGAGUAUCUGUUCUAGAACCAUGACUGGUAACAGAUACUGGGUCUAGUUUAUUCGCCCACAGAAUUGAUGUUGAGGUCAAUGUAAUACAGCAUCGUGGCACCGGGA